AUGAUAAUAAAAUCAAAAGGAAGACAACCCGAUUUGACAUAUUUGCUUGUCAAAAUAAUGAAAUUAACACAUCAAAUGAUUGGAGAAUUGAUAAAUUCAAAUAUGAAUUAUAAUAAUUAAUCUGUAUUUAAGACUAAAAAAAAUCAAUAAUUGAGAGGAGGUGGAUUUGCAAUAUCAAGCUGUAGGUUUGGAUAAGCUCCUUAAGAAUAAGAAAUACAAAAUUUAACAGAAAAUAUGACAUAGUAUGAAAAAGCGUUGCCAUCAAAUUUUUAAAAUGAAUUUGAUGAUUCUGUUAAUGAUAUUAAAGAAGGAUUUGGUAAUCUGUUUAAUAAUUCUAUAAAAAAUAAAAUAAAAAUAAGAAUUUAAUGGUUCAGUUAUAAUAAAAAUAUUUUUAAUAAGCUGUGCAUUUAAUCUGAAAUUAAACCUGAUUUAAAAAAUAAAAUACUUGUUAAUCUAAAUUAUCUAUUGGAUGCAUUGCCUAAUUACUUAGAAGUUUCAUGGUUUUUGAGUUAUUAGAUAGCAUAAAUAUGCAACGACUUGUUAAGAAUUCUUUAUUCACAAAAAUUAGAUGAUCCAUAAGAUAUUUUAAAAAAGGUCAAAUAUUUUUGUAAAUAAUUAUCAAAUGAGUCUGAUAAUAUUUGGAAAGGUGGUCUUGAAUUUGAAUGUUCCUUAAUGGAUAUUAUGUUAACUAAUCUUAAACAACCUGGAGAAGAACUUGAUCUUCUAAAAAAAUUGGGUAAAAGUUUUGGGGAAUCUAUUCUAGAAGGUAAAAUAACAAAAAGUUUAUUGUCAAGUCUUAAAAAAGGAGCAAAAUACUUAGUAAAAAAAACAAUAAAUAAAGGAUUAUAUCCUAUAGAAGUAUAUUAAACUUAUUAUUUAUUUUAAAUAAUAAAAUGGAGAAUUAUUGAAACAGAUUCUCAAUCUGUCUAUUCAUCUAUAUAAACUUUAAAAGGCCUUUUUUAAUAAUAUAUCUAAGAAUCAAAUAAUUGGAUUUUGCAUUUCUGUUGGAUUCAGACCAUUACAGAUAUUAUUCUUUAUCGACCAAUUAUUGAUUAAGAAUUAUUAUAAUAAUAACACUUAUAAGAAACAACUAUGAUUUAAGAAUUAGCAUUUGAUCAUAAAAAGGCAAUCAUAUUAUUUUUUGAUUAAUAAUUAAAUCCUAGCUUAAACUCAAUACUUAGUAAUUACAGAAAGAAUGAACUUUAAUUGCUUUGUAAAACCCUAAUAGAUGAAUAAUUCACAUAAGAUUAGAAUUUAUGGGAUUAUUAUACAAACUUUCAUUUCAUUUAUAGUGAAAAAGUUGAUGUUAAAUAAAAUAGCAUAAUUUAAUUAGAGCGGGAAUAGGAACUACUAAAAAGUUAAUUUGAAUAAUUAAAGGAACUUUUUGAUUAAAUUAAGUUAACAUAAAUAGAAAUUUAAGAAACUUUGAUAAGGUAAGCAGUAAAAACUGAAUUAUCAAAAUAAUUAUUUGAUGAUCAUAAAAAUAGAUUAUCUUGUACAUAUUAUGAUUUAUGGAAAAAAGCAAUUUACCUAAUCAAUUUGAUUUUAGAUUUUUUGAAUUUUGAUUAUGAAAAACUUUAAAUAUUGAAAAAUUUAGAACAAUUUUGCACAGAUUAGACAUUUUAAUAACAUUUUAAUACUAUCAAAAUUUUUGUUGAAGAGGAAUUUCCACAAUUUUAAUAAAGGUUUUUAAAGGAUUUUUUAGAUCAAAUAUCCUUCAUAAGUAAUUUUGCAUUUUUAGAAUAAGAAGAAAUUAAACUAAACAAUUAAUAUAAAUAAAUUAAGAUAUAAGAAAAUUUACCAUUAAAUAGUUUUCUUUAGUUUCUUGAUGCCCUCCAUCAAUUAUAAAUUUUUAUUGAUUUAAAAAAUGAAAAUAAUAAUGUGAAAAUUACAAAUUUGAAUCAACAAAAUAUUAACUAGUUUUUUAAAUAAAUUAUUGAGGGUAAUUGGAUUAGAUAUAUAAUUACUAAUAUUUAAGAUUAAUUUUAAGAAAAAUUCUAAUUUAUGGAUGAUCUAAACGAAAUUUCUGAAAUCAAAAACUAAAUAAUUAAAUGCCAAAUCAGUAUUUCAACUAUCAGCUUUUUAAAAUAAUUUUAUGAAGUUCAGAUUGAGAAGAUAAAAUGGAUAAAAAGAAAAUUCUAAAUGUAUCUAAAUUAGGAUCAAUAAUAAAAUCAUAUAAAUGAAUUAAGUUUUUUAAAAAGAUUUAAUGACUUAUUAAAGAAAUAAAAUGAAAAAUUGACUUCUUUUAGAGAAAAUGUAAGUCAGAAUUUUAAUGUUGAUAUGAUUAAGUAGAAUUUUGAAUUGAUUGAUUUAGAAAUUGAUUCUGACAUAAAGACAAUUAAAACAGAAAUACAAAAAAAAAAAGAAAAAACAGAAGAAAAAGCUUGUAUUGAAGAAAAAUAUUAUAAGAAGGGAAUUAAGUUAUUGCUUGAUUUUUAAGCAUUGUUUAUAAUAUUUUUAAGUCUAAUUAAUGAAACUAAGCAUAAAUCUUAAGAUAAAUCAAAUAAUAAUAAUUUAUUAAUACAAGAAGAGCAAUAUUUGGAAAAAUAAGGUUAAGAAUUCUUGAAAAAAUUGGAUAAAUUAUUAAGCAAUUUUAAAGAAUUUAUAAAAAUAAUUGAAGAGAGUAAAGAACCAGAAAAAUAAUAGGAUAACUCCUUAUAUUUUGAAAUUUAAUGUUGUGAAUAUUGGUAUAUUUCCUAUGAGAAAACUAUUAAUUAACUUAAGAAUGCCAUGAAAUUUUAUUAAUCUUAUAAGAAGUUCUUAUUAAUUUAUUCUAAUUUAUUUUACUAUUCAGAUUCUCUUUAAUAAAGUUAAUAAUUUGAAAAUGAUAGUUUCAGAGGGCAAAUUAUAGAUUUUAGAAAUUAAAAUAAAGAAUGUAUAGAUCAACUAGAAGACUCUAUAAAAACUUAAUUCAAAGAUUCAAAAAUUUAAGUAGAAAAACCUAACCAUAAUCUUACUUUGAUACAAUUUUUAACAUUUUUUGAAAUGGAAGCAAACGAGGAAUAAAAUGAAAAUCAAGCUGAAGAUGAAAUGAAUGUUGAAGUAUUAUCAGAAAUAAAAGAUUAUUUUUUAUUAAAAAAAAACGAAUUAGAAAAUAUCAUUGAAGCAAAGGAUUAUAAAGUGGGAGAAUGUUUAGUUUACAAUUUAAUUAGACUUUAAAAUAGUAACUUAGAGGAUGAGAUAAUAAAUUUCGCUUCUCAAAAAUUAUAGUAAAUUUGGGUUUAUGAGUAAAAUUAAAGAGUAAGAAGUUUGUUAAAAAAUAAAGAAUUAAUCGACAUGUAAAAAUAGAUUUUUUAAAGAGAUAUUUAAACAAUGUCUGAGUAAAUUAAACAAUAAAUUUAAUAUAAAAUGUAACGUUUAGAAAAUCUUUAAUAAUAAAUUAGGCUCUAAGGAAAUCCAUAAGAAAGGGAAAAAUUAUAAUUAGAAUUAAAACUAUGUUAUUAAUAGCUUGAUGAAUCAAUCGAUAACGUAUCUGAAAUGUCUGAAGCUAUGAAUAUAACUCUAAUGUUUUUGAAGGAUAUAUCAAAAGAUGUAAAAUCUAUAAAAAUUUCAAUAGAUAACUUAUAAACUAGCUUAUAGGAUAUUGGGAAUGAUAUUCGAAAACUAAGAGGAAAAAAAUAUGAUGAACUUCUUUAAAUAAGAAAAUAAAAGAUUCUUUAAUAAGCCUAGCUAUAAAAAGUAGAUUCCAUAUAUGUUUAAUUAUAAACAAUAGAAAGAAAUCCUUUAGAUGGUAGUUUGAAGCCUGGAUCUUUUUUGUUAAAAGAGUAAAUAUAGGAUUAGAAUGGAGAAGUAAAUGAAUUUAUUUGGCAUGAAACAUAAGAAAAUAAGGAUAAUACUGGAGAAAAGGAUGUUAUGUUAUUAUCUGGUUUUGCAGGUUCAGGAAAGAGUAGAGCAGCUAAAAAAAUAGAAGAGUUUAUUUGGUAAUCAUAAGGGAUUUAAUCUGAAUGGAUUCCAAUCUAUGUAUCUCUACCAACUUUGAAGAAUCCAAAAUAUAAUUUAUUGGAUUAGGCUUUGGAAUCUGAAAAUUAUUAAUUUGAUAAAUACUAAAUAAAAGAAUUCAAAGAUGCAAUAUGCAAAAAGAAAGCAAAAGUUGUUUUGAUUUUAGAUAGUUAUGAUGAGAUGAAGUAGGAUUGUAUUUAAUAAAAUCUUAUCAUGACAAAUAAGUUAAUCUAAGAUCUAAAUAUUGAAAAAAAUGAUAGACAACUUAAAAUAAUAAUUACAACAAGAAGAGAAAUUUUAAAUACAGAUGGUUAUGAGACAUGGUUUUAUGGAGAAAGUUUGAAAACUCUAAAAGAAGUAUAAUUAUUAAACUUUAAUCAAGAGUAGUAAAAUAAAUAUUUAGAAAAGUAUUGUAAGUUAAGUAUUAAGAGAACUCUUAGGAGAACUUAUGAAUUUGUAAAAUAGGUUUAAGGACAAAAUUUUGAUUUAGCAGAGUUUAUUAAAAUAUGGAAUUCUAUUCUUAAUUAAGUUAAAUAAUGCUUAUUAAAUUCAAAAAUAAAUGGAUUGGAUUCAAUAUUUUAAAAUCAGUAGUAAGAGAUGAUAAUUAAAAAAAUCAAAUAAUAAGCAGUUUUUAAAUAUUUAUCAGAUGAACAAAUUACAGGAUUUAGAAAGGAUCUUUUAAAUUUAUGGAGUGUAAAUAAAUUUAUAAAGUCUAUAAACUCGGUUAAUAUUUAAAAUCUAUUGACAACUCCAUUUAUGUUAGAGAUUAUUGUUUAGGUUUUACCAUCUAUGACAAAGAAAUAUCAAGGAUCAAUUGAAAUUAAAGAAAAUUUUAGAUAAUUCUAUUUGAGCAUUAACAAAAGAGCCAAAUUAUCAAGGAAUUAGAUUUAAUAAUUUAAGUUGAAAAUGGAAGAAUCUUUAAAAAAUAAAUAAGAAAAUCAAAUCAAUUAUUAAUAGUAGGAAAACAAAUCUAUUAUAAAAAGUUCAAGAAUAUAGUAAACUUAAAAAAAAUAAAAAAUAGAUUAAAUAAUCGAUUCUCUUGAUAGUAUAUAGUUUUUUUAGUUUUAUUCAAUUGAUAGCAACAUUUAAUUAAAAGAAGGGAAAAUUAAUAUUGACGGAUAAAAUUUACAAGUAAGUGUUAAUAAUCUUGACAUAGUUGUAAUGGCAUUAAAAAUAAAAUAAAUUACAGCUUUUGAAUUCUAUGAAAGUUUUAUCAGCUUUUAUCACGAAUAGUAAAUUUUAAAAUAAAGAGAAUUAGGUAAAGUUUCAAAUUAUGAAAGUUUUGCUAAAGAUAUCUAAUAAUUUUCUUAAUCUUUAGCUUUGGAUCUAACAAUCAAAGAUCUAUCUUAAAUUAACUAUAAAUAAAAAGGGUAAUUGCUUUUAUAAAGUAAUUAUAAAGCAACUUAAGAAGUAGACAAUUGGUUAGAUUAAUAUUUAAGUGAUUCAAAUUCAGAUAAAGAAUAUAAAAAAUUGAUAAGAAGCUGUAUUCUUUUAAGUAACAAAGGAAGCACAUAUUAAUUUACUCAUAAAUCGAUAUAAGAAUUUUUUGUUGCAUAAUAUGUUUAUAAUUUUUUGGUUUCACUUGGAAAUUUAAAUUAAAAUAAAGAAUUCUAUAAUUUAGAGCAUUUAAUAAAUUCUCUGUUUAAUUCACCAACUUUUAAUUUAUCCUGUGAAGCAUUCAGGGGAGCAAAUUAUUUCAUAAAAGAUAAACUACUUAAUACAAAUAUAAAUUAAAAAAUGAUAGAUAUAGUAUUAUUAUCAAGUAAGAAAGAAUUUUGUCGAGCAGCCUCAAAUAGUAUAUAUUUACUCAGCUAGAUGAAUAUUUAUUUAGGAUCUUAAAAUUUUAGUUCUAUUUAAUUAGCUGAUACAAAUAUUUCCGGGUUGAGCUUCUUUGAAUCUGAUUUUAGUAAUUCUAUUUUUUAGAAUGUAACAAUAAAUUCUUGCAAUUUUAAUUAAACCAAUUUGUCAGAUAUUAUGUGGAAUGAUGUGAUAUGUAAAGAGAAGCCUUAUUUAGCAGGUCAAAAAUUGUGCUUUAAAGCUGUAGCAUUUUCUUCUGAUGGUAGAUAUAUAGCAUCAGGAGGAGAGGAAGGAAUUGUUAAAUUAUGGAAUCCUCAAACUUAUAUGUUUAUCUAAAAUUUAAUGCCUAAUCACGAAAGUUGUAUCUAAUAACUUUAAUUUUCUUCUGAUUCUUAAUUUCUAAUUUCUUGUGAUUAAGGCGGUAAAAUAAAAUUUUGGGAUUUACUCAACUUUACUUAAAAGCAAAUUAAAGUUCCUGAUUUUAUAGAAAAAAUUUAAAAAUUCUAAUUAUCUGAAGAUUGUAAAAAAAUCUUCAUUCUAACUGAAAAUAUAUUUGUCAUCUAAGACUUUGAUAUAUUAUUUCUAGAAACAGAGAAUCAAAAAGAAUAAGAAAUUAAUCAAUUUUUGGUUUCUCUAAUAAAUAAAAAUCUAGAUAAUGUCUUAUUUAAUGUGAAUAUUAUUCCAAAUUUAAGUAAAUUUACAAAAUUGUUGGAUAAUUUUGAUUUAAACACUAAAAUUAUAGUUUUUAGUCCAGAUGGAAAAUUAAUCGCAGUUGCAGAUGAAUUAAUGAUCAAAAUUUGGGAACUUUAAACUAAUUCAUUUAUUGAAUAUUUAACUGAAUUUAAUGUUUUUUCUUUAUAAUUUACUUCUGAUAAUAAAAGUCUAAUUUUAGGAGGAAAACGGACAUUUAAAGUUAAAGAAAUAAACUCUUUUAAAAUUAACGAAAAAAUUGCUUAAAAAGUUACUUGUUAAGAAGUUUAUAUAUCUCCUAUCAAUAAUUAAAUAAUUGCAAUUGUCAUUGAAAAAGAAAUUUAAAUAAUUGAUAUUUAAUCAAAUAAUCUUUUAAAUAACAAAAAAUUUGAUCUCUAGCCUAAGAAUAUUAUAAUUUCUCAAGAUGGGUAUAAGCUAGCAUUAAUUUUCAAGAAUGAGAAAAAUUAUAUUGUUGAAUUUUUAAUAUUAUAUUUCGACAAUCUUAAUACAAUAAUAAAAACCAAGUGGGAUGAUAACCUUUUUAAUUCCUAUUUUUUAUCAGAUGAUUUAAGUAGAAUGUAUUUAUCAGGUUAAGAGAAGACCUUUGAGCUAAAUUUAUAAAUAAAGAUCGGAAAUCCAUAAUUAUUUAAAUUAAAAAAAAAUCUUGAAGCAUAAAUAUUUUGUGUCAAACCUCAAAAUUAGAUUAUGGCUUAUGUCGAAUCUGAAACAUAAUCAAUCUUUCUUUUUAAUAUUUUAACUGAAAAAUAAAUAGGAUAAGAAUUGAGAAAUGGUUAAAAAGAAGUUUAGGCGCUAUGCUUUUCUCCAAAUUAAAAUAUUUUAGCUGUUGGCUAUUAAGAUGCAUAAUUAUUAGUUUGGAAUUUAGACACAUACAAACAUCAAUAAAUAGUUUUCUAAAAAAUUAUUUCUUAAGACUAAUAAAUAGAUUUAAAUUUAGAAUAAUUGACAGAAUAUACACUUAAUUUACAUAAGAGUGAUAAAUUUGAAUAGUUAAUUUUUUCUCCUAAUGGAAAAUUAUUUGCAAUUAAUGGCUUUGAUAAUCUUUAUGUUUAUGAAACUUAAUCAUGGAAUUUAAUUAAAUUUAAAAUGAAUCUAAUCAUAGUUUAAAUUAAUUUUUCACAUGAUAACAUAUAUCUGGUGGUUAUUAGUUACAAUUCUAAAUAUUUUUGUAAUAUUGAGAAUAAUUACUAAUUAACUUAUCAAUCUCCUAAGGAAUUUCAUUAUUAUAAAAUUUUUUUAACUAUAGAUAGUAACAUUUAGAUAUAUGCAGAUUAGGAAUCAAUAAUAUUGUUUGAUGUUUCAACUUAAAUUAUGAAAAGCAAAAAAUUGGUAGGUUCAAUAAAGUAUAUAUCAAUCUCAUAAAAUAAUUGUAUAAUGGCUGUAGCUAUAUAAUUGAAUGAUAAUUCUAUAAUUCAAAUAUGGAAUUAUUCUAACAAUGAACUAGAAAUUAUUGCAAGUGAAUUGUUUUCUUUUUAAAUAAUUUAAAUUUCCUUUAUUAAUAAUGAUUAAGAACUAUUAUUGUAAUUUUAUGAAGAAGACAGAUUUAAAAUAAAAUUUUAUUUGAUAAACCAUUUUUAAUUUAAGAGUAUUGAAAAUUAAAGAUUUAAUUGUGGUGCAUUUUCUAAAAAAACCUAAAUCAUUGCAUUAGGAUAUUAUAAAUAAAUUAGCAUUUUAACAGAUAAAUUAGAGAGUUGUCUAAAAGCUAUUGAUUUUAAUUAAGAUAUAAAUGAGAGAACUCUUGUUUAAUUUAUAUAAAAUGAUUAAAUAAUUGUUUGUGGAAGUUAGGAUGGUUUAAUUUCAUUUUGUAAUUUUUUAGAAUAAAAAUGCCAUCUCACAAAUUUCAAGAUUUCAUAUAACUCCAUUUUGAAGAUUUAAUUUAUAAAAAAUGAUUCUAUUUUAAUAAUCCUGGAUGAAAAAGGUAAUUUAUCAGUAUUUUGGGUAUUAUAUGCAUAAAAUUAAAUCAAUAUAAGCUUUAUUGGAUAUUAUGAAGUUAUAAAUUUUUUUUCAGCUUCAUUAGAUGGGGAAAGAUUCAUUGGAAUAAAGAAUAAUUAAUACAUUAUAAAUUUGAAUGAAUCAAAUUUUGAUUUCUGCUUAACUAAUAUCUAAGUUGAAUUAUAGAAAAUAUAUUUUUCUUUUUGUAUGAACUUUUUAAUCAUUUUAGAUAGUCAACAUUAAAUAAAAAUAUAUUAUAAAGAAUUAUAAUUUAAUCAAAUAAAUGAAUAGAUUGAAAAGGUAGAAGAUGCUGAUCUUCAUCCAAGAUUGAAUUUAUUAGCUAUAUAUACAGAAGAGUAGGAGAUUAAAUUAAUUUAAUUUUCAGCUAUUAAAUGGUAAGUCAUUUUUUCUAUAAGGUCUUUUACAGUAUUUAUUUAAGAUUCUUUUCAUGGAAAUUAUAAUUUAAAAUUUACCUAAAAUGGUUAAAUAUUAGUGUUAAUAGAUAAUUCCUUAAUUCGUUGGUAUUAAGUAUAGAAAAAUAGAACUCUAAAGGUUAUGGGUUUUGUUACAUAAGAAUAUGUAAGAAAUCCCAUUUAAUCAGAUUAGAGAAUAUAUUUGUUCGAUAGUAAAUAUUUAGCUUACAUUUCAAAAUAAAAUAAAGGAUUAAGAUGGGUUGAUGUGAAAGAUGAGAAAAUUACAGUUUCAAAUAUUGUUGGACAAAAUGUGUAAGUCUUAUUAGGACGUAAUUACACUUAUUUAAAUUCUAAUCAUUUUUCUAUAAGUUAGGGAGAGUAAAUUGUUUAUUUUCAUUGUUCUAUUUCAGUUUAUGCAUUUGAUAUUUAAGAUAUGAUAAUGUAUAAAAUUCGUUACAGGAGUGAAAUAGAGGAUAUUUAAGAUAAGAUAAUGCAUAAAAUUUGUUGCUAGAUUGAAAUAGAGGAUAUUUAAGCCAUAGACAAUAGAUCAUUGAUAAUUGUUUUUUAUGAUAGUAAUAAAAAAGUAAGAUGUUUUUAAUAAUUGAAUUGGGAUUUAUCUGAUGAGGGUUAAAUAAAUAAGAGUCAUUCUGAAAUAGGAACAACUUUAAAGAAAUUUAUUGGAACUAGUUUUUACCCUUUAUAAUAGCUAUGGGCAGUAAUAUUAGAAAACGACAUAAUUAUUAAAUUAUGGAAUGUUAAAGCAAAGAAAAUAAUUAAUAUAUUUUAAGGACAUCGAUAAAUUAUUAACAAUUUAACUUUUUCAAGUGAUGGACUUAUUUUAGCAACUGCUAGUGAAGAUUAAUCUAUUAGACUUUGGAAUAUUGAUUUUAUUGAAUAAAUUGAUCCUUCUGCUGGCCAUAGAGAUACAAUCAAUGAUAUUGCUUUUUCUAAAGAUGGACUUUUAGUUGCUUCAUGUAGUCGUGAUAAAACAAUAAUAUUAUGGGAUCUUUUAGAUAAAAAAUUUAUUGUUCAACUUGAAGGUCAUCAAUAAAUAAUAAAUUGCCUUUAAUUUUCUUAUUGUUCUAAAUUCUUGUAUUCUGGAAGUGAUGAUAAAUCUAUUCGAGUUUGGAAUAUUGAGAAUCCCUGGUAAUCUAAGUUAAUUAAUAUCUAUUUUAUUAAUGAUUUUCCUAUGAAAUCAAUCUAUUUAUCACCAAUAGAUCCUAAUAUGUUUAUCAUUCGUUACUAUAAUUCUGUUUAAAUUAUCAAUUAAGAGGAUAUUUAGACUUUUUGUGAUUUAUUACCAAGCGCCUAUUUUCUAAAUUUUAAAAAUAAUGAUGAAUUAAUUUAUUUAGUAGAUGAUUCUUCUUCUUAUUACAAGAGUGACUAUAAGAAAGAUUUACUAAUUUAUGAUAUAAAUAAGAGAAAAUCAACACUAAUUAAGUAAAAAUAUUAUCCAAGAACUUAAAUUAUAUGCUCAAAUAAUUAAAUUCUUGAGUUAUAAAUUUAGAUUUUUUUUGAAGGAGAGAUAACCAUAUUAUAGAAAAAUUAUAAUUAAAAUUGGAUAGAAAUUAAUAAUGUUUGUUUACCAUUAGCUGAAAAGAUAAUGUUAUCUCCAGACUACUAAACCUUAGUUUUGUAAACUAACAAAAUACUCUCCUUUUGGAAAUUUGAAUUUCUAAAAUCAAAAGUCUUAGAUAAAUCUUAUGAAUUAGAAUUAAUUUAAAAAGGACGCUUUCCUCUAUAUACAACUAUUUCAUCUUUUUGUUCUUUUGCUACAUUUUAUUAUUAUGAGAGAGAAAUUAAAUUCAUUGAUAUCAAUAAUAGUUUAGAAUCUGUAAAUUACACAACCUUUGAUGGUAUUAAUAAAGUUGAACAUUUAAGAAACUAUUAAUUAGAAGAUAUAUGUUUCUCAUUUGAUAUGAAAUACAUUGCAGCUGUUUUUUAUCAAGAACAUUCAGUAAUUUAUUUUUGGGAAGUUAUUAAGCCUGAUUAAUUAUAUAGGUUAAAUGCAGAAAAUAAUAUUUAAAUUAUUACUUUAUAGUUUUCUUCAAUUGAUUCACACAUUAUUUAUUCAGCAUAUAGUAAUUGUGAAAUAAUUAAGUGGAAUUUACAAACAUUAGAGUCUAAAUUUCUAACUAGAUUCUAAAGUCUAGAUUUAUAGUAAGCGCAAUAAGUCUUGUUUUCAUCUCAAUUUCAUUAUUUAAUAUUUAUGAAGACAUAUUCAGAUAUUAUUCUUAUUGAUCUUAAACAAUAAAUUCAAAUAGAAAAUAUAGAAAGCAUUUAAUAGGCUUAUAAAUUUUGUUUUUCAGAAGAUGAAAGUUUAAUAGCUUAUGCAAAUUAAAAUGAGUUGUGGCUAUGCUGCAUUUUGAACUCUCGUUUAAUUGAAAAAGAUAAAUUUAAUUUAUUUUAAACAGAAUUUAUUAAAUCUAUUUAAUUUUUUUUAAAUGAGAAAUUAUUAGUUUGGUAGGUUUAUAAUCAUUAAUAUGAAAAUGAAUAUCAUCUCAUAUCUGUUUUCGAAAUUUAAUUAAAUUAAAAAUUAAGAAUUUUAGAUUGUUUUUAAAUAAAAGAUAAGAUCAGUGAUUUUAAAUAUCAUUAAAUCAAAUAAUAACUUGUUGUAUUAUGUAAAAGCAAAAUUUAUUUUUUUAAUAUUUUAAAUAGAAUCAUAGGAUAAACAAUUAAAUUUGAAGAUACACCUAAAUACUGUUUUUCUUCAGAUUCAUAAUAUUUUGUUCUAUUAAAUCCAAAUUUGAGUUUAAGAGACACAAAAGAAUUUGAAGAAAUUAAAUCUUUUAAUUACGAAGGUGAUUAAUUAGACUUUUAGAAAUGUAAUGAAAACCUAAUUUUAGUUAUUGCAUAAGGAAAAUUGUUAAGAUUUUUAGAUUUCUCAAAUAUUGAUGAUAUUAAAGAGGUUCAGACAUUAGAUUUUGAUAUUUAAAUAAUUUCUGUUUAACUAACAUCCAAAUAUUGUUUAACCUAACAUUAUAUAAGGAAUUAACAAUCUGAUUACUUAUUUUAGAUACAUGAUAUUUAAAAUUUACCACAUAUAUUUAAAUCAGAUAUUUAUAGUGGCUAAAAUGCAAUUUUGUCAAAAAACAGUUAAUAUUUAGCUUAUUCAAAUAAUAUAAAUACUAAAAUAAUAAAGACAUACACUAAACAUCUUUAUGAAGAUAAAGAACCAGAUGACAAUUUAAAUUUUAUCUCCUAAUCACCAAGUGGAAAAUAUCUAGCAAUUUAAACAAAAAAUUCAGUUUUAAUUCUGAACUACAAUUCAAUGGAACAAAUACAUAAAUAGUUUUUAAGCGAAACAUUAAUCGAUUUUUCUGAAAAUUGGAAAUUUAUGGCAUUUUCUGACAAAGGUAAGAUAAAAAUUAAAGAAAUUUAAAAUGAAUGUUAAUUUUUAGAAAAUGAAAAAUUAGAAUUAUAUGAAGAAAAUUAUUCUCUAAUUACAUUUUCUUUAUCAUAAAUUGGAAAUUAUCUUGCUUCUGGGAAUAUAAAUGAAGUAAAAAAUGAGUGUAAGAUAAUUUUAUGGGAUGUUGAAAAAUGUAAGCUAAUAGCUUAAAGUGGAAAUUUAGAUUCUUAUGUAAAACAUAUAAAAUUCUGUCCUGAUGGUAUUACAUUUGCAGCAGCAUUAGAAAAUGGUCCUUUACAUUUAUAUUAAAUAAAGGAAAAUUUCUAAGAAAUAUCUAUUUCAUGCUUUAAAUCAAUAGCAAGAUAAUCUACAUUAUUAGCUCACAAAAGUAUUCUAACUAAAAAGUCUUAAGUAAUGAAAUCUCAGAACUCAAUAAGAGAAUUAUUCAUUUAGAAAGGAGCGAUUUUAAAAGAUAAUUGA